GGCCAGGCAAGCUCUCACAAUGGGCUAGAACUCUCCCUCCCUCUGGGUUCUCAUCCACUUCAACUCCUCUCCCUGUCCCAGGGAGGGGAGGAAAGGCGUAGGAUGAAUCUUUGGGGAGAGUUUUCCCCCUGGAUUCCCUAUUUCUUUUUUCACUGCUGUGCUUGAAGCUCCCUUGAUAUCCCUUAGUUGGUGGCUACUGGCCUGAAGCUGUCCCUCUCCCCUCACCCUACCAAAUGCUGAUACUGUCCCCUCCUUGGGCCUGUGUGUUGUGUUUUUGGCGAAAUGGCUGUGGUCAUGAGGUUCUUCCGGUGGAUAUGGCGAAAGUUUACUUGCUGGGUUUCCUUCUGGAAACACAAAGUUGAGCCAGCUAUCUCAGAAAGCCCUGACCCCAAGAAAACUGUAUUGAGGGGAGUAGUGAAGACUCCCAAAUUGGUUGAGACUUUCAAGUUGGUUGAGGCUCCAAAAGAGGCCAAAUUCCUCAAGACGGAUGAAUCCCCCAUGGUGACCGAUCCCUGUAUGUUAGCCAACACAACAACAGAUGAGGCUGGAGAAGAGCUGGACCAUGGGUGCCGAUCCCUGCUGCAGCUGCCCAGAACAGCUGUCAAGUCCGUUUCCACGCUCAUGGUCUCAGUACUGCAGUCUGGCUGGCAAAUGUGCAGCUGGAAGUCAUCUAUGAGUUCUACCUCAGUUGCCUCCCAAAUGAGGACCGGGUCCCCUUUGGAGUCUCCGGAGGCUGAGAUGCUGCGGGAAGUGUACCUGGUGCUGUGGGCCAUUCGGAAACAGCUGAGGCAGCUUGCUCGCAGGCAGGAGAGGCGUAGAAGGCGCCACAUCAGGGCCCACACUAGUACCCAGCCUGACUCAGUUCAGGCCCUGAAAGAAGAUGUCCGAAGUCCCCUCUAGGGGGGAUCCCUGCAUCCUCAGGAAGCCCCCACCUCACUCUUAGGUAAGGUUGAUGUGAGAAGUUAGGGCAGCAGGCCAGGAGUUGUGAGUAAGGAGAAGUUUUCAUACUGUCACCUCCCAUUGGGAACCCUAGGCCGGGCCUGGGGUUCCACACGUUCCCCUUCAUUCCCUUUAUUCAAUUUGUAAAAUAUUAUCAAAAUGUUGGGAAAUAAAUAUCAGAUAUUUAGGAGUAAAUGGAGAGUGUUUG